AAUUCCGCUUAUCAAAAUGGCGGUCCCCGUUUCGCACCACUUAGGAGGGGCCCAAUUGCGGUCUUUAGAGAAGGUCCUAGAUGAUGCUCACAUGACUGGAAUAUUGAAUUUAAGCGGUAGGAAUAUGAGGGAUUUUCCCAAGAGUGCGGACAACUUUGAUCUGAUGGAUACAGUGGACGUAGAUAUUUCAAAGAACCGUUUCAUGGAGGUUCCGUAUGAACUUUGCGAGUAUGUUUCGUUAGAAAGACUAAACUGCUACAAUAACGCCAUCAGGACUGUUCCGGAUGCAUUCGCUAGGUUAACAAUGCUCACGUAUUUAAAUUUAAGUCGUAAUUCACUCUCAGCUUUACCGAUAGAAAUAUGCGAAAUCUACCUAGAGGUUCUCAUCGUCAGCAAUAACAAGUUAGUAGCGUUACCUCCUGCAGUGGGCAAGAUGAAGACGCUAAUGCAUCUGGAUGCCAGCUGUAAUGAACUUGAUACGCUACCCAUCCAAAUCGGGGAAAUGGAAUCGUUGAAGGAAUUAAACCUCAGACGGAAUCACCUCAUGCAGUUACCGGAAGAGAUCAGCCGGUUGCCUUUAGUCAUGCUAGAUGUCUCCUGUAACAAGAUCACCUUCAUCCCACCAUCGUACCGUCACAUCAAGACGCUAGACAUCUUGAAACUGGAGCACAAUCCACUGGAGAUGCCGCCUGCCCAGGUGUGUACAAGAGGGAAGGUCCAUAUUUUUAAAUACCUAAAUAAUGUCGCCACAAAAGACGAGAGGAGAAGUCGUCUGGAACAGAACGAGAGACUGUCAAGACGGUCCUACAACAAUGCCAAAUACACAUGGCUAGCCACUCAUGAAGCAGCUACGCGCUUUGGCUCUGCCCACAACAACAACCUGGACACCAACCAAGCGGGGAACCAGUCCGUGAUUCUCAGUCCUUCCACACUCACUGCCCAGUAUGUAAAGGGGUCAGAAGGCACAAAUGGCUCUCCUAGAAGCUCCGCCCUCACCCCCCAGUCCUCCAUUGAUUCUGACUCCAGUCAUUCCACCCUGUGUAAUGGUGACCUUAGUGUUGCGGAAGAACUUGCAUUCUGGAAUGCGAAGAUUGGGGAGUUGAGGCGGGGUACACUGACAGCGGACUCGGGUUACAUUGACGGAGACAAGAGGUGGUCUGCUACGGAGCCAUCCAAUGAUGAUGAAGAAGCCCGUAUCCUGGCCGAUCGAGCCAAUCAGCAGAAAGAACUCCGACAGCAGCGGGGGGAGCUGUUAAACCAGUCAUUGAGCAGCGGCAACUCAUCCUUCGGCGCCGACAAUGAGGCAGACAUUGACUACAUCGACACGGGCGAAGAUGGCAUGGAGGAUGGCGAGAUCACGCCCACACAGACGGAACCAGACGAGUUUACCAAGGCGCUGACGAGACAGAAGGCCAUCUACGAGGACCAGAAGCUGAAGGCCCGGGAGGAGCUAGUGAGGCAGGAGGAGGCAGAGCGUCAGUGGCAGCAGGAGGAGGAACGAUGGAAGACGGAGCGGAGGCGUGAGGCUGAGCAGGAGCGGUACCGGCGCUCCUCCCCGUCGGGGAGCCUGCUGUCCGUCAACGCCAACGGGAAUGUUGUCAAUAGGGGUGGCGAAAGGAGCCAGAAACCUAGACCUCUAUCGUCUUCCUCGUUUAGUGAGUGCCUGCAGCGACCAACCACCCUGGAGAUCAACCGGCAAAAGAGACAGCAAAGAAGAGCCACAGUUAACGUAGCGGACAAUAUCAGGUCCAGCAGUGUAGACAGAAAUUCCUACAAUAGGAUGUCAUCAGGCCACUCCAGUAACCUCCCCAACGGUCGGCUACCAUCAGCCACCAGUGACAGCCACCGGCAACUAAAGCGAGCUGACAAGAUGACAACAUCCUCGUCAUCGUCACUGGCCCCAUCGCGAGACAGCGGGAUAUCGCAGAGCCGCCACGAGGCCCAGCUGGCCAGACGGAGACAGGAAGAGGAGAAGGCUAGGAACAAGCAGAUUCAGAAGGAGGCCGUCAGGAACUUUGUGCAGAGCCGGAAUUCUACAUCGUCUUUGGGCUCACCUGGACAUGAAGAACAGGAUCUUGUAAGGGAACGAAGCCCUGCCAGUGCAAAGUCACCCCCACCUCCACCCCCUACAACAUACAGUGGAUCAGCCUUUGGCAGCAUCAAGCCACGAUCUGCCUUCAACAUAGGCAGUGGUAAACCCCAAGGAGAUGUGCAGCCUAACUUCACAGUGAAACGAGAGAUGAACAAGUACCGGGAGGAGAUGGACCGUAUUGAGCAACUCAGAAAGUUGAAACCUAAUUGGAUGAGCAGUUACCAAUCCGUGUCGGAUAUAAACACAAUAGAUCAGAUGAGGAAGUGCAUUGAGGCAAGGUUAAAGGUCACCCUGCCCGAUGAUAUACCAGGUGCUUUGGAGGACGGGGUGGUGUUGUGCCAUUUCAUGAAUAACGUGUUCCCCCACGCUGUGCCUACCAUCCACGUACCAUCACCUGCAGUGCCUAAACUGUCAUCAGCGAAAUGUCGGAGAAAUGUUGAGAAUUUCCUGAAGGCUUGUAGCAAUGCAGGUGUGCCUGGGGAAAAGCUCUGCACGUCAGCUGAUAUCCUAGAGGGCAAAGGACUUGUGAAGGUGGCGGCAACCGUUCAAUCCUUGCUAGCUAAUACCCCAUCACAUCACAAACUAUCAUCGGCGGUAUGAUUAUACACAAGGCACAGUAGUGUUGUUUGCGUCAUUUUUAAGUGUCUGUAGUCGUGCCAAAUGUCAUUUCCAACAUUUCUCUUCCUUACUUCAAGCCCAGCUGCACUUGCAAAACAGUGGUGUGGAUGGGGGGUUGGUCUUGAGAAACCCAAAUGCCAUUUGUUUCUGUAGAUGUCAGACAUUCGGCACAUACAGACGGUAAGCGUUAUUUUGUCAAAGUCUGCAUUUUAAGAGUAAUUCUAAAGCUUCUUGCUGUAUAGUUGGUAAUUUAAGAGAAAUGUGGGAAUUCCAUUGCCAGUCAUUUUGGUAAAUCUUUAAGCUUGCAAACCAUAAUGCUCUGAAAUCUACUGUACGCCAAUUCAUUUUUUUCUUUUACACAUUUUAAGUUAUGACUUUGGGACCAGUAUCCUUACAACAUUGUCCACCUUUUUUCAUUUUGUUCUGUCCUCUCAAGAAUCUAUUUGUUAUUUUCCCUAACACAUAUACACAAUGGACAGACCUGACAAGGAAAUCUUUCAAAUUGAGUGUCAUUUUAGAAAUGUGGAAAUAUUUGGAGCGAAAGUUUUACUUGAAUGUCUAAUUUGCAUAUAUUUACGGGAUUUGGGGUUGUUUGUGAACUGGUUUAAUUGAUGAUAACAGCAAAGGUCCAGAUGUACCGGGAGGAAUCAUCUUCAGACAAAGCCAAGGUCCAGUAUACCACUUCUCAAUCGCAAUCAAUGUCUGAACUUAUUUAUGUUGAUCUUAAUUUGACUGGAUCAAAAACUUUAAAUGGACUUUUUUUUUUUAAUUUCUCUGAAAAUUCAAGGUUCUUAUCUGUAAAGUGUACAUAUUGCUCAGACCUUGUUCCAUGUAGCAUGAGAAUAUUUGGGUUUUGUUUUUUGUUUAUAGCUGCUGUUGCUACUUAUUUAUAGGUGUAUAUGCCUCGGUUAUUACCCUUUUCUUAUAAUGGUGUAGAUAUAACAUAUGCACAGGAUUGUCUCUGUUCGGUUUAUUCUUCUGCCCGUGAUUGUACAAAAAAAUGACACUGUACAUGAGUGUAAAUAUUGUUUCAUAUAACUAUCCACAAGCCUUAAAUAAGUGUGUGCACACUUUCAGAUUUUUGUGUGUGUGUCUCAUGUCGAUGGCAGUCAUACUAAGUCAUCUUGUCCGAGCUUCGAAGGGUUGUGCACCUUUAAUAAAGAUGUAAAUUAGUCACCUGAUUAUGGCCUGGUUUGUGGGCGGAGCCAUCACUGCCGAUACUCAUGCAAUUUGCUGGCAUGUUUGGAAUACUUAUACCUUGACCGUGAAUAUAUGCAUAAAUUACUUGUUAAGGUAUCAUGACCAUCACUCUAAUUGCCAAGUUUUUUGGUUCUAAAGAUUUCUACAGUCCAGACACACCCUUCUGAUUUCAAUUGCUACACUAUUGAAAAAUUCCCCUCUCGCCAGGCUUUUAAUAUUUGUCAUCAAAUCUUCUCUCUUAAGCUGUAGAGCCUGUCAGAGUCAGGUUUUUUUGUCAGGUUUUUUUGUUGUUGUAUAUCGUCAGAGGCUGCAAAAUUGUUUUUUUUUUUACUGAUAUUUUUGGUCAGAAACUAAUUAGGUAAACUCCAACUGGCACUUUGUGUAAUGCCUGGAGGUUAAAUUUAUGGUAAUGAUUUGAUCAUUUUUGAUGCAUAACCAGUAACAUCUUGCUUUCAGUGAUUUUUUUUCCAAAGAAUGAUAGAGCGUAUCUUAAAUCGCUGUAUGAGGUAAAAAAAUAAUAACUUGAAAAUAUGAUCACUGUGCACUUCAAUUACUCAAUAAACUCUUUGAGUUGAAAUUGCCUGGACUGAUAUUGGACAAGUCUAGAACCACGCAAACAUUGUCUUUGUCCAAUUCCUGUAAUGAAGUCCCAAAACUGCCAGCAAGUGCUGGGUAAAAUUGAAAAGACUUUUCCUGCAUUGGGGGAAAUGGAAUUGCACGAUUUAUUUUGUAGAAAAAACAAAUCACACUUUUGGAUCAAUGAAAAACUUGCUCCUUUCAGAGGAUUUCUCUGUUUGUUUUGCUGCAGAUCGUCCACAGCAGUAGAAGAACAUGACAAAUCAUUUGAAAUAAGCAGUUUUUGAGAUCAAAAGAAUGAAGAAAAAAGUAUGCAAAUUGGUGAAGACGUAAAGGAGAUGUUGCAGCAUAUUAACAGAAGAUUUGCAUCCGUCAUAUACAAUUGUAGUCAUUUUUAUGUAUAUAUCAUUAUUUAUUAAACCAUAAUUUCUUGAAGCCUGGCUCAGUUGUUCCAGGUAUGGACAGUAAAAUCACUUUAAAAAAAGGGGGGGAGAGCGUUCAAAUUCUUCAUUUUUAAUUCGUUUCUGGGUGCUGUUCUUUUUCCUCAAGAUUUCUUGUCAGAUCCAACUUCAGCCUUCCUGAAACACUGGCAAAAGAACACUCAACAUUCAGUAGAAUAAUUAAGUGGAAUAAUACUUUGGUGAAUUUUGCUUGAAUUUUUCUUAUGUUUAAUCAGUUUGUCAAGACCAAGUGAACAUUACUGACAAACAUUAGCCUUAACUGUGGUUACUGAAGCACCUCAAGGAGAUCGCAGCCUAGCGCAGCCAGUUAUACAAAGGUUCGUUGAUAGAAAUUGUGUAAUUUCAGGGGAAAAAAGUACCUGUAUUCUGUAUACAUAUUUGUGAACAUCCACACUUGUCACUGGGGAGGACACAUAUUGACAUAUAGACGUGUGGGGAGGGGGCAUAGACCUGAUCAGGACAAAUGUUUGUCCCAAUGACUCAUUCCCAACUUUCCUAUUAAAGAAAUUGUCCCUUUAAUGCAGUGGAGGCUGACCCUUUAAAUCAGGAAUACUGAAAAAUGAGCCAGCCAAUCAAGAAAACAGCAAAAUAUCUAUCAGAGAGGUUAGUCUGCUGUCAUUGUUUUUAAUUUUACAUCAUUGCUAUUUAUUUUAAUUGCAAACGGUCACUUUCUACUUUGUACAUUAAUUGUGGAAUGCAUUUGGCUGAAAAUGCCAAUAUGGCCUUGUAUUUGAAGUAAAAAAUGGAAUUUUAAAUGUAAUACAAAAUAAAUAAAUGUGUGGGGGUGCCGGCAAUCACACACACUCUGGAGAAAGAUUCCUGCUCAGUGAAUGUGUAAUUUCAGUCUGGCCUCUAA